UGUACAUAGGGUGGAUGGUUGCUUCGUACUGUUUUGCAAUCUGCAUUGAUCUUUAGUGCACGUUGAUGACAAGUGAACUCCCAAUUGUUGUAAAUAAAUUAAUUUAAAAUGAGUUAUACCUUGCUUAUGAAUAGGUUAGCAAGAAUAAGUCGAGUGCGUUUUAUACGAUGUCAAGUUUCUAGUCUGUAUUCCUCAAAGUCAAAAGAUGAUGCCCAGAUUCCAACGAACCCAUUGAAAGAUGUUUACUCUGCCUCUCAGCAGAAAGAAAAUGGCAAGGUUUAUGACAAAAAGCCAUUCAAGAUUUUGUGUGAAGAAGGUAAAAUAUAUCAUUGGUGCUUAUGUGGUCAGAGUAAAAAUCAACCUUUCUGUGAUGGCACCCAUAACAAUGUCUGGUUAAAAAUCAAGCAGAAGCCAAUCAAGUUUACAGUAACUAAGACUAAGGAAUAUUGGCUUUGUAAUUGCAAGCAAACCUUAAAUAGGCCAUUCUGUGAUGGAACUCACAAACAGCCAGAAAUACAAGAAUUAAGACUCUUUUAGAUUGUACUGAUGGUAUAUUUUUUAAUUACAUAAUUUACACCAUCACAAUUGAAAUUGUAAAAAUCAAUUUACAAAGUUUGUAAAUAGGUUUAUACUACUUGUAAUAUAAAUGAUAAAAAAUAAAAAUAAAAUACGAGACGACAUAAUAUUAUU